AUGGCUUCAGUGCCCGUACGGGCGCUUAAUGCGUUGUGUAACGAAACAUCACGCAACAUUCAAGAAUGGCUUACGGAAUUGACGAUAAGCAGUGAGCCGGAAUGCAUCUUCAUUUUAUAUGCGAAAUCAUUUUUGGAUCAUACCGAACAACAACAUUUAUCAGUGAUAUCAAAUCAUUGUGAAGAUCAAGUUGAACGAAUUCAUUUAGGUUCUACAAGUUCGUCAGCACCAAUAAAGCCAAAACGAUGUAUUGCUCGGAUGAUGUCUUCAUCUUCGGAGCAUGUUAUGACUGCUUCAACGCCAGUACCGCAUGCAAAUAAUGAGAAAUAUCGUAGCACCGUAUGUUAUCAGCUUAAUGAAGCAAAAAUCACUUCCACAAAAUGCAAUCCAGCACCAAUAUCAGCAUUUAUUCGUGUGAAAUCGUGCAACGAUUCUGAUAACAACAAUAUGACUAAAGUGAAAUCAGAAUAUAACUCAUCUACCAAUGAAAUAUCAUCAGCUAUGAAAUUUUCCGCAACGUCGGGACAUAAUGCAAGAACGUCCUUCUCUUAUCCGCAAAAUCGAUCAUUUGUACCGAAAAUUUCCACCAAAGGAUACGGUUAUCGAUGUAGAUUACGUCGUAAAUCACAGAAAUUAUACAAAUCAUCACUUCAACAACAACAACAGCAAAAACAAGAGGAAAAAGAAACAGUUGAAAUUGAUCGGAAACGGAAUGACGGAACAAGAACGAUUACUGACAGAACAAUGAUUGCAAAUGAUUCCAAUUUUAAUACUUCGCAAUGUUUAGUUGCUAAAUCGUCAUCAUUGAAUGUUAACACUGAUCAAGGGAUAGCAAAACGGCAUGAUCAAUCAAUAUGUAUUGAAAAUGAACAAAAUCUCAUCUGUUCAAAAAAUCAAUCAUCAUUACACGUUAUGAACAUCAAUAGUAAUUCGGAGAACUCUGAAAUGCUGUAUAGGAAGCAAUUAAAUUUUUCCAGAAAGUAUAAUAGUAAUGAAUCGGGAAAUUUUUUCAACACUCAAAAAGAUGAUUCACAAUUAUCAGUUGUACCAUUUGUAAAAUUUCGAAAGCCACCGAAAACAACGAUUUCAGUUCAGAAAAAAGUAAAACCAGACAGAAGGUCUGAUUCAGUGGAUAGUUGUAAUCGAAAUCAAUUUUCAAGCAAUCACCAGAUUCGGACAUCGUGCAAAGCGGUAAAUCAUGAGCAGGUAUCCGCUGAUGCACCAUCAAGUUCACAAGUGAUAAAAUCGAUUUCAAAUAUUGCAAGAUAUUCCGGUUAUUAUCCUGAUGAUGAUAUUAUUGAAUCAACUUUAACCGGAGUAACAACAUCGGCAGCAUUUGAAUCGGUUGAUUCAAGUACUAAUAGCAGCGUAGAUUCGGGACAAGGAUCGACUGAAUUAAAUUUUCAAAAUUGUUCGCCAAAGGAUUCACUUGAUUGUGAUAAGAUUUUACCGACAUAUGCUCGAAUAGCUAAUACGAUUGAUAACGUGUUACGUGUAUGCAGCACGUUUCAUGCAGCAUUAAACGAUGAAAUUAGUGAAAAAUGGACUAAUGAUUUAAUAUGUGAGGCAAAAGUAUUAAUUGUAACAAUUCAGUGCUCACCGUGUUUAACGUUUCUUUCUGCUCACGAUCUAUCAACAGUACAACAAAUGAUUUCUCAUUUGGAGUCGGAACAAACUUACACCGAAAGGCCUGUUAGUGCGUCUAAUUUCCUGAUUGUUCUGUUACGGAAGAUAAUUCAUGAAAUGUUAAUCAUUUUUGCAAGAAUAAUAUCAGUAUACCUGGCCGAAUGUACCAAUCGUGAUCGAUUAUUAGUCAUUGCUCUCGAACAUCUCAUACAUUUAAUGCUUUUCGGUGAUGAAAUUUGCCAUGUUAUUAUACAGUAUGGUGGUUUGGAUUCGUUAUUGUAUUUUUGUGAAGUACCAUCCAUUUCAAAUGGUACCCUUCGGUUACUACUUCGAGCUUUGGCUAUCUUAUGUGGUAAUUAUCGAGGUGCAUUGAAACUUUUAGCGCUUAAUAAAUUUGAGUUAAUUAUUCAAUUGCUAUUUACUUCAACGAUAGCUUGCUCAGCAGAAGCAGCCGGUAUAUUAACGCAACUAACAAAUCCUAAUCAAAAUUAUGUUCGACUAGGUAGUAUGUUGCCAAGAGUUGUGAUACGAAUUCUUGAAAUUGUUGAUAAAAGUAAAGUAGCAGAAUCGUUACUGUUAGCAUUGGCGGCAUUAGCAAAUAUAACAAUGCAAGAAUGCGGAACAAUUGAUAUUCUCUACGAGCAUAAUGCUAUCAAACGUUUUGUUCAAGCAUAUAAAAGGCCGAAAUGUCAUAAUGUAUUUAUUGAAGAACAGUUGUUGACAAUUUUUAUCAGUCUUGCAAAUGGUGCUUAUAUUGAAGCAUUAAUUGGACAAGGUGCAGUUGAUUUCUUGCUUUCGCUAUUAAGAGUACAUGGUAGGACAAAUGUGAACUGUUGCUUGAGAAGGAUUCAGAUACGAACUACGCAAUGCUUACGAACGAUAGCUAAUCACGGAAUUGGUCUUAAGGCUAUACAUGAAAUGAACGGUUAUUCAGUGAUAUCGAAGAUAAUGCGAAAUAAUAAUACACCAGCUGAUGUGAAGAGUAAUUUAUGGUGGAUAACGGAACAAUUAGAGAAAAAAUAUCAAUUAGAAAGUGCUGUAUAG